AUGGAGGGAGUGAGUGAUGAAGAGGUGCCGGUGCCACAAGUAUUUGUUGCUUCUGAUACCGUCAAUUUAGUGACAAACUUGACUGAUUCAGGGACAAUUACUUCAGUUGAUUUUUCUGGAAGUCCCCGGGCUAUUCAUACUAGACAUCUGAGUGAAGAUUUAAGUUCGCUUACAACUAAUGAUUUGCCUGUGAACAAUGGAGAGCAGAAUAGCCAUGACCAGAUUCAAGGGAAGAACACAAGCUGUCGUGGUCACACUAGACAUUUAUGUGAAGAUUUAAGUUCCUUUACUAUUAAUGAUUUAUAUCCAAGCAAAGGAGAGGAGGAUCGCAAUAACCUGCAUGAAGGGAAGGGAAUAAGUGGCCAUAACUCAGCUGAAAGAAACAUUUAUAAGGCAGCAGAGAUCGCUGAACGCUUCAUUCAGUCUAUAGACAAUAGAGUCCUUGUUGACACUGGAGCACCAAUAGAAUCUGUUAAAGAUGCUGUAAGCAAAUUUGGAGGUAUUCUUGACUGGAAAGAGAGACGUAAACAUGUCCAAAAUGCACUUGACAAGUUGCUGGAAGAUGCUCCUGAGUACCAAAGAAUAGCAGAAGUUGCAGAGGUCGAGAAAAGCAAGGUUGUAAUGGAACUGUGUAGCACUAGGCGGAUCAUAGAAGGGCUGAAGCUAAACUUGGAAAAGGCACAAACCGAGGCAGUACAAGCACAACAAGACUCAGAGCUCGCUUAUAUACGGUUCAAGGAGAUACAACAGGGAAUUACUUGCAGAGAGAGUGCUGCAGCAAAGGCAGAGAUCGAACUAGCAAAAUACCGCCAUGCGAGUGCCUUAGCAGAAUUACAGUCGGUGAAAGAUGAGCUGGAACAACUUCAGAAGGAGUACACGUCCUUAAAUUCUAAAAGGGACAAUGCUGAGGUAAAAGCAUGUGAAUCCAGUGCUGCAUCGCAGGAGAUUGAGAAAACAGUUGAGGACCUCACCCUCGAGCUCAUCACAUUGAAAGAGUUGCUUACCUCUUCACAAGCUACGCAUAUUAUAGCAGAGGAACGAAAAAUAAAUUUCACGUUUGCGUAUCAACAAGAAAAGGUGAAUUGGCAGAAUGAGCUGAAGGAAGCUGAUGAGGAGGUUCAAAAGCUGAGUGAUGCAACAUUGGUCAACAAAGAUCUCGAGUCCAAGCUGGAAGCUGCCUCUACAUUGCUGGUGAAUUUGCAAGAUGAGUUUUCUGCUUAUUUGGAGGAGAGACCAUCUCAAGUGGGAAGUCCACCUGGAGAGGCUGAGCGACCAAUGGUUAGCAUUCGGGUGAAGCUGGCAAAGACCAGAAAGGAGCUUGAGGAUAUGAGGGCAGACAUUAAAAAGGCCAAGGAUGAGGUCAAAGGGUUUUGGAAUGCUGCUGCUACAUUGCGAGGUGAUCUAGAGAGGGAGAAGAUGGACCUCAGGGCAUUGAGACACAAAGAACACCUUGUUUCUCUUACUGUCUCAUCUCUCCAGGAAGAAUUGAGCAAAAUGAUAUUUGAGCUCAACAUUGUCCAUGAGAGAACAAAAGAAGCUGAGAUGCCAGUGGAGCUACAGCAGGCAACUGAAAAAAUGUUACAAGCAAGGGCAAAGGCUCAGUUGGCCCAUCAUGAGGUGGCGAAGGCAACGGAAGAGGCAGACCGAGCCAAGGCACAGGUUAAUGUCGUCCAGUUGAGGCUAGAAGCGGCAUCGAGAGAGAUACUUGCGGUGAAUGCAUCUGAAGAAUUUGCCACAGCCUCAGCAAAUGCACUGCAGGAAUACAAACCCGAAGCAGAAGUACAAUCCCAAUCUUACCAAAGAAGUGACAACAAUGUGACGUUAUCACUCGAAGAGUACAAUAUGUUAAGCAAGAAAGCACAAGAUGCUGAGGAUCUAUCCAAGAAGCAGGUCAUCAAGGCAGUUGAGAAGAUCAAGGAAGCGAAGGAGGCAGAGGUGAAGAGCUUGAACAAGUUGGAGCAGCUGACCAAACAGAUUGAUGAGAGAAGGCUUGAGUUGAGGGCGGCGCAGGAGAAAUCUAAUUCGGCACAAUAUGGCAAGCUAACCAUGGAGAACGAGCUGAGGAAGCGGAGGACCAAGCAUGAGCAACAGAUGAAAGCGGGUGAAUCAGAUUAUGCCAUUGGUGAUAUCCCCACUUUGAAAAGCACGUCGUGGUCAUUUGAUGCAACAUCAUCUACUUCCAAUCCUCAUACGGUUGGAGCAUUAUCUAGAGCUGACACUAUAGCGGCAACUACGGUAAAAGAGUCAAAGAUGCGGAAGUCAUUCCUCCCACGGUCCAUAGUGACGAUGUUCAUGUCUAGGAAGAAGACACAUAUAAAGUAG